GCGCAAGGACAAAACAAGGAGACCAGUAAAAAACUUGACGAAAAAUCUAACGGCUCUUGGUGUUUGAAUCGUCUUGUAGCCCUCCUCGUUAAUUACAUGUCGUAGAUCAUGAAAAUCAGCUCGUCCAUUUCAAUUAAGGAGACGCCUUCGGCGUAACAAAGAAAUAAAAAAUCCCAAAAGAAGUAAAAAGGGCGUGCCUAUACAUUUUCCCCCAUUAGAAGCCUACAACCUUCAAGUCUCCGUGAUUGUCUCUGUAUGUAAAACACAGGACAUACAAUUAUCAAUUUUGAAGUUGUGUGUGUAAUUUGGUUCUCCUUGGUUUCCUUCCAAGGGAAACUUCAUUUGAAUUUGGUUAAUGGCUUGGAAACAGGCCUUGUGCCAGGAUUUUGAAAAUUGAUUUGAUAUCAGAGCUAUCUAUGCUACCUAAUUCACGGAAACAAAAGAAAGGGAAUGGCGAUGAGCAGCAGAUAAUGCUGUUUUAUCGCAUCCCGAUGAAUACCAUUCCACACUCAUACAAUGUCAACCAUAGCUCAUCUCAAUCAAAACAUCAAAACACUGUGUAUUCAAGGUCACUUGAAGGAGGCUAUGCAUAUCCUUCUUACAGCGCACGACCUUCCUGUACACUCUUCUACAUAUAUUCAUCUGUUGCAGGCAUGCAUUGAAAAUAAAGCCCUUUCAGAAGGUAAGAAAGUUCAUAUUCACAUCAAUGACAGAGUUACAUUUGCCACCCACAGUUUUUUACAAAAUAAACUCAUCAACAUGUAUGACAAAUGUGGAAGCUUGGUGGACGCCCGCAGUGUUUUCGACAACAUGACUGAACCAAAUGUCUUCUCAUGGAAUAUGAUCAUUUCAGCCUAUAAAAGGCACGGCCUUCCUCAUCAGGCGUUCAGACUAUUUUACCAAAUGCAACGAACAGCUGUAAAACCCGAUCACUUCACCUUAUCCACCGUUCUCCCUGUAUGCGGGAACGUGGCAACUCUAAAUCAUGGUUUUCAGAUCCAUGGAAAGACCAUUAGAUGUGGAUUUCAGUUUCAUGAUAUCGUGAUGAAUACCCUGAUAGCUAUGUACGCGAAAUGUGGAAGAAUUGAGAAGGCGCGCGAGUUGUUUGACAGAAUGCCUAAUGCAAACGUGGUUUCAUGGAAUGCAAUGAUUACAGGAUACGCACAAAAUGGCGUUCUUGAUGAACUUUUAAGACUUUUUGAAGAUAUACCCCAAAAGAACGUUGUUUCGUGGACUGCAGUCAUUGCUGGAUGCGCACAGAAUGGGUUUGUUGAAAAAGCGCUGGAGUUUUUUAAACAAAUGCAAUUGGCAGGUAUAGAAGCAGACUCGUCAACCUUUGCCAGCAUCCUCCCAGCGUGUGCCAAGAUGGGAGCUUUGGAACGGGGCAUGGAAAUUCAUCAAAAAAUAAUCGAGAGGCGGUUUUUGCCACACGUAGUAGUUACGACUGCUAUCAUAGACAUGUAUACAAAAUGUGGAAGCAUAGAGAAGGCCCACAAAUUGUUCGACGAAAUGCCUCAACGAAAUGUAGUAUCAUGGACGGCUAUCAUUACUGGGUAUGCGCAAAAUGGGCCUGUUCAUAAAGCCUUGGAGCUUUUCAACCAAAUGCAAUUGGCAGGUGAAAAGGUAAACACGUCCACCUUUGUCAGUAUCCUCCCAGCUUGUGCCAAAAUGGGAGCUUUGGAACAUGGUAUGAAUGUCCAUGGGAAGAUAAUUGAAAGUGGGCUUUUGUCAAAUGAUGUAGUUGUGACUUCUCUGAUAAACAUGUAUGCGAAGUGUGCUAGCAUAAGUAAGGCGCGUGAAAUCUUUGACAAAAUGCCUCAGGCAAAUGUGUUCACAUGGACUGCCAUGAUUACGGGAUAUGCACAGAAUGGUUUUCUUGAUGAGGCAUUAAGUCUUUUCAAUGAAAUGCCUGACCGAAAUGCAGUCUCAUGGAAUGCAGUUAUUGCCGGAUAUGCACAAAAUGGCCAAGUUGAAAAAGCUAUGGAGAUCUUUAAGCAAAUGCAAUUGACAGAUGUAAAGCCAGACAAAUUGACAUUUGCCAGUAUCUUGCCAGCAUGUUCCAAAAUUGGAGCUUUGAAGCAAGGUAUGGAGUUCCAUCAAAAAAUAAUUGAAAUGGGGUUUUUGUCCGAUGUAGUUGCAACUUCCCUAAUAGACAUGUAUGCAAAAUGUGGCAGCAUAAAGAAGGCACGUGAACUGUUUGACAGAAUGAAAAAUCCUGAUGUGGCUUCAUGGAACGCAAUGAUUUCAGGCUAUGCAAUGCACGGCCAUAGCCAGGACGCCCUCAAACUCUUUGAACUGAUGAAGUAUUCUCAAACUAAACCCAACUAUAUAAGCUUUGUUUGUAUUUUAUUUGCAUGCAGCCAUGCAGGUCUAGUGGAUGAUAGUUGUAAAUACUUCAAUCAGAUGAUUCAUUUUUAUUGCAUCAUACCUACAAUUGACCAUUAUGUAUGCAUGGUUGAUCUUCUUGGCCGUGCUAGCUGCUUUGAGGGAGCCUUAAAUUUUAUCAUUAAAAUGCCAAUAAAACCUGAUUCAGUUGUGUGGAUGAGUUUGCUUGGUGCUUGUAGAUCACACAAGAAUUUGCAUCUAGGAGAAUUUGUGGCAACGCUCCUUUUUGAGUUGGAUUAUAUAAAUACUGCACCCUAUGUUCUUCUGUCAAACAUUUAUGCAGAAAUAGGCAGAUGGGAUGAUGUUCGAAAUGUAAGGAAAUUGAUGAAAGAUAGAGGGAUCAAAAAGAUACCUGGAUGUAGUUGGAUUGAAGUCCAUAAAACAGUUCAUGUUUUUUGUGUAGGUGACAGAUCACACCCACAAACACAAGAGAUCUAUGCAAUGUUGGAGAAAUUGUCUUCGGAGCUGAAGGAGGCAGGGUAUGCUCCAGAUACAAAACCUGUGCUGAAUGAUGUGGAGGAUGAGGAGAAGGAAUUACUUCUCUGCCACCAUAGUGAGAAGUUGGCGAUUGCAUUCGGGUUGUUACACAUGUCCGCUGGGACAACUAUUAGAGUUGUCAAGAACCUUCGAGUAUGUGGUGACUGCCACACUGCAACCAAGUUUAUCUCCAAGAUUGUUGCAAGAGAAAUUAUUGUUAGAGAUUCCAACCGUUUCCAUCAUUUCAAGCAUGGACAUUGUUCUUGUGGAGAUUAUUGGUGAUGCUAACAGUGGCAAGCUAUAAACUUACAGUUGCACUGUAACAAGAUGCAUGGUCACAUUUGCAGUGGAAGACUUUACAGUCCUGGACUGAAAAGCUGGAGGACGAGGUUGAAGAAUGGGGAACGUGGAAAGAGUGGAAUAUGUGAAGCCUUGAAGGAAAUGAAAGCUGCAUUGCUAGCAGGAAAUGUGUUGAAGGGUUAUAAUCAAUUCUUUUCUAGAAUUUGCAUAUGAUUAACAGAGCAUUCCUUCAUCCUGGUUUACACAUUCCUUUGCCAUUUUUUGUUGUCUUUUAGUCUCGAUUAAUUAUAUGGUGUUAUACCUACGUCAGUUCUGCCAUUUGCACUGAAAUCAUGUGUUUCCAGGUAGAUUUUGUUUUAUCUAUGAUCCGGAAAUGCCAUUAAGAUUUUCCCAAGAAUCAGGGUUAAUUGUCCUGAACUCAUCAAAUUUAAUUGUUGGAAUUCAUUACUGCGAGGAGUGAAAAAUCACAAGAUGGCCUCUGGGGUUUCUGAAGAACCCUUUCUAAUGUAUAUAAAUCUGACUCGCCACCUAUCACACAACACAGAUAAGUUCUCUUCAUAAAAACCAUAACUUUUGUAAAAGAUAGAUGCUUAUAACCUCUAGAAUUAUGGCUCAGAGGUCUGUGAUGAGACUUCACAUGCCAGUUUUUUAUUUAGGGAUAAUAUGUUUCUAGAAUUCGGUUGUUUUCAAAGUUUGAUAACAAUAAGCUCUUUUGAGCUAUCAAGGUUUACAUACUUUGAAAAUGAAAGAAAAUUUUAAAGGGUAAAGUUACAAGUUUUUUCAUAUUAUGAUUGAUAUUAGAAUGAUGUACACAACAAGGCCUGUAAAAUGGUAUUAAGGAGAGGAGUGAAUUGAUAGGUGACCUUCUUGAGUUUAAAUAGACCCUUUUAAGCCUAAUUGAACUAUGGCUUUUAAGGAGUGCAUGGUAUUUGUUUGAGUCUGCAGGUUUACCUGGAAGUUAUAUACUGAUACAAUUAAGCAUCAUAUAGUUAGGGUUAACCGAGUAGAAAAGGAAAGUAUUGUGGUCAUUACAGAUAUGAAACAUGUUAAACUUGGAUGAUUGUACUAAAUCUUAUGCAACAACCUAAUGGGAGACCUGGCUUACUAAGAUUGAGAGAUAAUUGCAGUAUAAAUAAUAAUACAACUUGAUUGCAUAUAACCGAAUUUACAUUAGUAAAUACUAAAUCUCAAAUGUCAAACUCUAUAUUGAAUUUGAACAUAGUUUUUUCUUGAAUUGCAUUGAGAGAAAACAUUAAUACAUUACAAACUAUCUCACGUGAUACUCCAUGAAAUUUGUCACAACACUUGAACAAAAAAAUAUCAAAGUUCUUGACUUUUGUAAUUGUUUUUGGGCGAAGUUUUGUAAUGAUGGAUACAGUUUAAGCAUUCAAAGAUUUAUACGAGUAUGUCGCUAAUUGUUUAGUUCCUGCCGUGAAACUAAAGCAUCCAUGGUGUUUUUAUACACUGAUUAAUCCAUACUCUACUUGCCAAUUACAAUUCAAUUUUUCUAAAAUUUGUUUUCUGCUUGUUAGUUCAGUGGGUUAAGCUGCAGGUUUUUAAGGCAAAAUAUAGAUGGAACAUUUUUUUCUGCUCUGUGAUUGGUGUUCCAUUUGUCUGUAGAUUGUCAGAAGCAAGUGUUGUGUUAUGAGGCAAGAGAAGGCACAAAAACUUAGUGUAUGCUGAUGACUUCCUAAUGUUUUAAUGCAUGAAAUAUCAGUUUUCAGACACAUCGUUGAAAUGUCGAUUCAGCAAAGCGGGGAGAAUGACAAACAAUGCCUAUAUCUUUUGACGGAAUGGAUUUGUUAAAAGGGCUUUGGAAACCUAUAAGCAAAUGCACUUGGCAAGCAUAAAGCCAGUCUCCACAAUCUUUGCCAGCAUUCUUCCAGCCUGUGCUAGUGCCUGGCAUGAGAGAUUUGUAACAGGCCAUUGACAUACAUCAAAGUAUAACAGAAAGUGGUUUUCUCAGAUGUUAUAGUUGCAGGUGCCUUGACAGAUAUGUAUGCAAUAUGUGGAAGCAUAGAAAAGAGUCAUGAUCUGUUUUAAAAAGUAUCCCCAAAAAAAGUGCUCUCAUGGACUCUAUGAUUACAGGAUAUGCACAAAAUGGUGUUCUUGAUGAGAUUUCAAGCCAAUCUGCCUCCGGUGUUGGUGGCAUUUUGAAUUUUCUGUCUCAGUCAAUGGUGUUUUUCUCGCUGCUUUAUUAUUUGAUUACUUCAGAGUCCAUUGGUAUGCUGGAACACAUAUUGACCAUGCUUUCUGUGUCCAAGAUGACAAGAAGUAGGUGUGCUGAGGUUCUGGACCAUGCUGUUAGGCACUGCAAAAACGGCUUCCUUUCAAGCAAUGGUGACAUGGCUUGUCUUCAGAUUCUUUCAUAUACAUUUUCUGUACAUAUCUACUUUGCUUGCUUUUACCAGUGCUCCGUUGUCUAUAUUUCUGUCUUGAGUUUCUUAACUACUGGCCAAUUUACAGAUGGAAAUUAAAGGUCACUAUCUGCAGGGCAUUUUUAUGACUAUAAUUCAUAUUUGGAUUAUGGAUUAUAGAGUGACUGUAAUUUAGUGUAUAUGCCUGGACGAAAUGCUUAUCUGAUUGGUCUUAGUAUAAUUGGGGGCAUGGCCUAUCUUUUUAUCUGCCUUGAAGGUAAGAAUAUGCUAUAUCUUUUCAUUUUAUUUUUGUUUUCUGUUCUAUGAAAUAGGAUAAGUUUCAUACAGCAACAAGAAUUCAUUUUUUUCCUUUUGAACAACUUGUGUAAGUUAAAGUGUGUAUUUGCACAAUUUUUCUACAAAGAGAGAUAUUUUCCAUUGUUAGUAUAUUUAGAUUGAGAUUUAUAUUUUGGCAGUAACAAACAGGCUAAUCAAUUGCUUAAACUAGCUCAGUCUCAGACAAACACACUUUUUUUCCAAUAGGCUUUUGUCCAAAUAUUUUUGGCAUCCACAUUAUUUAUCUACCUCAUAGUCAAGCAAAGCACAUCAGUUCAAAAACAUUGAAGGUGAUGUGUACAGGUAAUAUCUAAGUUUUCGCAUUUUUAAUAGAUAGGAAAAUAAGACAAAUUUUUGGUAGGUGUUUGUCUGGUAAAUUCUGGAGGAGCCCAGUGGCAUAUAGAACAAAUGUAUGUCUGCAAGUUGGAGUCCUUGCAGCAAGAUCAAAAUUGAAAGCAACCUUCUCAAGGCCUUAAAGAACCUAGCAAUGCCUCUGACGUGAGUUUUCAAUGCCUUAUAAAUGGCUGAAUUUCACUUUCCAUUGCAAUUCACAAUCAAAUUGUUCUUGUGUGUGUUCAAAUGGGAUGUGUUUGCCAUUCAAUUUUGUUUAAGCAGGCUUUGUACAAAAUCUGGUGUGAAGGGUUGAUCUUGUUGCCUAUUUUAAACUUUCAGGCUUAAAGUAGCCUUCACACAUGAGUCUUAUGGUCUUAUUUAAAAUUUGAGGAGUUUGAGUCAAUAUUUCCAAAUCAAAUGCCUUGUUUUAAUGAGUUUAAAGCGUGAAGUUUUCCCAUCUUUUUGAGUCAAAGCUUUCAAUGGAGUCAAAAGAUAUGUUUGGAGGGAAAACCUCUCAUUGUUUCAGCAAACCAUGUGUUAAGGGAUUAACUGUAUUUGAACAAGGCCAAGCUCCUACGUGGAAGGAAGGAAAGCCCUAGUUUGAUGAGUUACAUGUUGCUGUUCAUGGCGGCCAGGGCAGUUUGGAUCUUCAACAGAGGCUUGAGAAGCAGGUACAUGCAUGUAUCACGUGUAUACCUGUGAAGGAGGAGCUUACUCAAUGUAUUUUCAGUUUUCAAGGACAUGCACUAGUUGUUUCAGAGACUGUUCACGUAGAAUGAACUUCAAUAAUGGUGGAGAGACUGUUGCAAAUCACAGAGAUUGUUGCCAUCAAACAAUGCAAACACAGGUUUGCUCUAUCUCACUGAAGUUUUCCAUUCCUUUCAUGGAGGCAAGGUCAUUUUCUGCGUUCAUAGUAUGGGUUUUGGGCUUCUUUUUGCCCGAGCAAUGAGAAUAGGGGCUAUGCAUCUUUCUUUCAUAGUUCUAGAGCAAUGAUAGUAAUAGUAGGGUCUUGCUAACCUGAAUGAGUCAUAUUCCUAUAAAGAAAGAUCACUGUCAAGAUUAUGUUGCACACUGAAGAGAUUACAUGUAUGCUGUCCAAGCUUGGACACAGAAGCUCAAAGGAUCUCAAAUAAGACAGCCCAUACAGGACCGUUAUAGCUCCCUAAAAAGGACUAUGCAUAUCAAGGCCAACUGCAGAGAUACAAAGUAUAAAGGACUGUUAAAGACUAUCUCUGAGCAAGUCAUAGUAGAAACAGAGAAAUGACAGUCAUAAAGCCCUCAGAUACUAAAAGCAGCAAAUGUUUCAACAUUAUCAUAAUGCCUUGUAAUUGUGUCUCAACGCUAUCAACAGACCUCCAAGAAAAGAGAACCUGAUACAGAUUACAACAAGAGCAAAGGUUUGUGAUAGGGUUUUGAUGCAUAUGGCAGUGAUAUUCUUUGUGACAGUCAAAUAAAGAUAGUCAUUACAGUGAUAAAGGCAUGUAUGAGAACAUAAAAGACAGUCAUGUCUUGUUGUUAAGUCUCAACCAUGAUACCAAGGGAUCGAUUUGUCAACCAAACUCAGUGUUAGGGCACAAAGGUCUUUAAUAUGUUGAAGCCAGAUUAUUAGAUCAUUGCUCAAAGGCCUUCAAAAAGACAGUCUCAGAAUGCCUGAAGGAAAGCAUACAGAGAAAGGAUGCAAACCUUUAGAACAGUCAAAGGGGUAUGCUAUCAUUAUCACGGUAAUGAAACAUAAAGGUGCAGUGAGCAGGGUUUGACAGACUUUUCAAAAGCACAAUGAAUGAAGUUACAACAAGAACAAAGAAGAACAUUCCAUGGAUUAUUCAGAGUCUUUGACAGUCGAAAAAGCACAAGGUACAGAUUUUAAAGAUAUUGCACAAAGAAGCAUGUUUAUGGUCCCUUUCAAGAAUUUGUAUCCCGUUUGCUCAAAAGGUCAAGGUUUGAAUUCAUGUGAAUAUAAAUUGUUUUCAA